AGAGUGAAAAAGAACCAAGAGGCAGGUUGUGGGUCGACGUGGCCAUAACAAAGCUGGUGUCAGCUGAGCUGAAGCUGGAGAAGGCGAGCUUUAUUGAGCUUAAUAAAGAUGAUGAGUUCAUUCAAGCAGAUAAAGAAAGAUGAGGAAGAAGGGGGUGGGAAUCCAUACCACAGCAUGGAUAAGACUUCGGUGCUACAAGAAGCUCGGGUUUUCAACGAGACUCCAGUUAAUGUGAAGCGUAGUACCCACGUCCUCACAAAGAUACUUUACUUGCUUAACCAAGGGGAAACUCUUGCAACCAAAGAAGCUACCGAUGCCUUCUUUGCAAUGACCAAAUUGUUUCAGAGUAAUGACUUGGUCCUUCGACGUCUUGUUUAUCUUGGUAUUAAGGAACUGUGCACUGUUGCUGAAGACACAAUCAUUGUAACAUCUUCCUUAACUAAAGAUAUGACUGGACGAGAGGAUCAGUACAGGGCCCCAGCAAUCAGAGCAUUAUGCAGAAUCACAGAUGCUACUAUGAUGCAAGCUAUUGAGAGAUACAUGAAGCAAGCCAUUGUUGAUCGUGCACCUGGUGUAAGCAGCGCUGCUCUAGUAUCUUGUCGACAUAUAAUGAAGGAUUCACCUGAUGUUGUCAAGCGCUGGGUCUCUGAAGUGCAGGAAGCACUUAGUUCUGACUGUGUGAUGGUUCAGUUUCAUGCACUAGGAGUGUUACACCAAAUUCGUAAGUCAGAUAAACUUGCCGUUACAAAAAUGGUUACCAAAUUAACGUCUUCGGGUCUUCGUUCUCCUUAUGCCAUCUGUUUAUUGAUUCGUAUUGUAGCUCGUCUCAUCGAGGAAGAUGAAGUUGGAGCAGAUUCACGGUUGUUUGACUUCUUGGAGUCCAUGUUAAGACAUAAGGCAGAGAUGGUGAUAUAUGAAGCAGCCAAUGCCAUUGUCACACUCAGAAAAUCUUCAGCUCGGGACUUGGCCCCUGCCAUUUCAGUUUUGCAGCUCUUUUUGUCCAGUCCUAAGCCCACUCUCAGAUUUGCAGCAGUACGUACUCUUAGUAAAGUUGCAAUGACACAGCCUAAUGCAGUGACUGCUUGCAAUUUGGACCUUGAGAACUUGAUCCAAGAUGUAAAUCGAUCCAUUGCUACCUUGGCUAUCACCACGCUUCUCAAGACUGGCUCAGAGGGAUCUGUGGACCGCCUCAUGAAGUCCAUCUCUUCGUUUCUUAAUGACAUUUCUGAUGAAUUUAAGAUUGUAGUUGUAGAGGCCUUGCGAGCCCUGGCUUUGAAAUAUCCAAGAAAACAAGCAGUACUAAUGGGGCAAUUGGCAGACAUGCUGCGCAGUGAAGGAGGUUUACCAUACAAAGAGGCCAUCGCUAGUACUAUCAUUACUAUUAUUGAGGAUAAUCCUGAAGCCAAGGAGAAAGGUCUGGAUCAUUUAUGUGAAUUCAUCGAGGAUUGUGAACACACAACACUGGCAGUACGCAUAAUUCACUUGUUAGGCCGUGAAGGACCACGUACUCGACAACCUGCCCGAUAUAUUCGCUUCGUCUAUAAUCGUGUCAUUCUGGAGAAUGCAGCAGUGCGGGCAGCAGCUGUGUCUGUGCUUGCCAAGUUUGGUGCACAGUGCGAGUCUUUGUUGGGUAAUAUUUUGGUGUUGUUGCAACGAUGCAUGAUGGACACAGAAGAUGAGGUGCGGGACCGAGCAACUUACUAUCAUGCUGUUUUGGCCACCCGUGACAAUGCUCUUAUUAAUCAGUACAUCCUCAACCCACCUCAGUUUGCACUACCAAGUUUGGAACGUGCAUUGGUGCAGUACCUGCGGACCGAUACCUCUGGACCCUUUGACACUCGGACAAUACCCACAGCUCCCCCUCCACAGGAAGAAAAGAAAACUCCAAAUAUCAUGGAGCCAGCACCUCGUCCAGUGGAGCGCAUUAUACCUACUCAUGAAAAGUAUGCAGAACAGCUGGCAGCCAUUCCUCACUUUGCUCAUCUUGGUCCACUCUUCAAGUCCUCUGCACCCUUGGAACUAACUGAAGCUGAAACAGAAUAUAUGGUGCGCUGCAUCAAGCAUACAUUCCAGAAGCAUAUUGUCCUCCAGUUUGACUGCACAAAUACCCUGAACGAUCAGUUACUGGAAGCAGUUAGUGUGGUGGUUGAAGGUGAUGGAUGGGACAUUGAGGCUUCCUUGCCAUGCCCCUCUCUUCCUUACUCACAGCUGGGCUCAUGUUACACUCUUCUUCCCAUUCCUGAGGAUAUCAUGGCCACAACAGGUACUUUUUCUGCAACAUUGAAGUUUAAAGUUCGAGACUGUGAUCCUGCUACGGGUGAACCAGAUACUGAUGAAGGUUAUGAAGAUGAUUACACACUUGAGGAUGUUGAAAUUACUGUAGCAGAUCAUGUUCAGCGAGCUGCACGAAGCAAUUUUGCUGCUGGUUGGGAUGAAUUGGGAGCUACUAAUGAACUGGAAGACACUUUUGCACUGUCAGCCAUGACCACUUUAGAGGAAGCAAUAACCCAAAUAACUCAGUUCCUAGGCAUGCAUCCUUGUGAUCGUUCAGAUCGUGUUCCUGAAGGGAAGAGUGCACAUACUUUGUAUCUAGCAGGCACUUACAGAGGUGGGCAUGAAGUACUAGUAAGAGCUAAACUGGCACUCGCAGAUGGUGUCACAAUGCAGCUCACAGUUCGCUCAGAUGAUCCAGAAGUGUCUGAAGUUAUUGCUUCGGCUGUUGGUUAAUUGGCUGUCGUGUUGGAACAUAAUAGCAUCAUCUUGGAAAUGGAUAUGAGAAUUCAAGGUUCAAAGAGGAUUUAAAAAAUUGAUGUUUUCUUGUAUUCCAACUACAAAAAAACUAUAUACUUUAAGUAGAUACGAAUUAUUUUAUAUUAUUUUAUUUACCAGGAAUCAUUUAGCAUGUAGUUUUGUUUUCAGUUUACCAUGGAACAAUAGUGUCAUUAAAAAAUAUAACAUUAA